AGAGAGAGAGAGAGAGAGAGGGGGGAGCUCGAGCGCCGUACGUGUCUCGCGUGGAUUUUACCAAGCGAGGCAGCGCGCGGCGGACUUUGUUUUUAUUCCCUGCUUUAUUCCUGCAUUGAUUUGUCUAAUUGACCAAGAAUUGAUUAACAUAACAAAUUGCAUAGUGUUUUUGAGAAGGAGUAGGGGGGAAUUAAAAAAAAACAAAAAACGCAACACGUAUCCGGUAGUGGUCCCACGAGCGGAACGACGGGACUUUGGAGACAGACGUGGAAAGCGCAGGCGAAGUAGGGACGGAGAAAAGAAGACAUUUGGCUUGCUUUGCAGCGCUCACCGCAAAGAAACGGAAUAAUGAGGAACGUUUGCUUCAUUGUCACCCUCGGCUUGGCAGUCUACCUCUCUGGGGAAAGGAUAGCACAGGCGGCCAAGACCACCUCCCAGGCUGAUGACUUAUACCUGGAUGACACAGGCUCAGGAGGUUACUACCCUGAAGAUGAUGAUGAUUUUAACUCGGGGUCAGGCUCAGGUGCAGGUGAAGAAGUGGUUGAAGAAACGGUGACUGUUAGUAUGGUGUAUAUUGCACCCAAAGCAGAAGAACCUACCAAGGACUCCACCAAAGAUUUCACCCCCAAGGUGGAGACAGCCACAGUUCGAGAAACUGCCAGGGACAACACACCCAAGAAGCCGUUAAGAACAGAGGCACCACCACUCCCUGUUACGGAGGACAUGACCAGCACAACCGGUGCCCCGGGCUCGGCUCAGGAGCCCAUCGAGGUCCGCACGGAGAACCUCUUCCAAAGGACGGAGGUGUUGGCAGCUGUUAUCGCCGGAGGGGUGAUUGGAUUCCUGUUUGCCAUUUUCCUCAUCCUACUUCUGGUUUACCGCAUGAGGAAGAAGGACGAAGGCAGCUACGACCUGGGCGAGAGGAAACCUUCCGGUGCAGCGUAUCAGAAAGCCCCAACUAAGGAGUUUUAUGCAUAAAAGCCCCGCCCACUUCUCAUGGGAUCAACAAAACACAAGCGGCUGCCCCCGAGCCGCAGCCUCUGGCAAGAGCGAACACGAGAAACAAUAUGUUGCAAUGUUGAUUUAUGGAAAAAUAGCAUAAUGGGAAGCUUUUGCAUAGCAUAUUGUUGUUAAGAUUUUUCCCUUUUUAAAAAAAAAACAAAAAAAAACAAGCUUUCCUUGUUUUAUGGCAACUGUCAGUGUAUUGUAUGAAAAGAUUUUUUUUUAUUAAAAAUAACACAAACAGGAUCUGUAAAGGUGAGAAAAUCAACCGCAUCUGUCUUCUGUCUAAGGAGCUUGUGUUUAGUCGCUGACUACUUUUAACUGCAGCAGUAUGUUAUUUGUAAAGAGAAAAAAAAAAUCAAACGUGGAAAUAAUUGAAUAUAAUUAUUCUGUAUCAACCCUACUUUUAUUUCUUUUUUUUUUAUUUUGUCUUAGCAUGUCUGAUGUUGAUCUCUAAAGUUGUAUUACAUUAAUUUAUCUUUUCUCUGAUGUUGAAAAAUGCCUUUGUAGUUUUGAUGAAGCUCUUUUUGUCUUCACAUUAACGCUGUUAAUAGUCAAUGUAAAUUUUCUCCCUUCAGGUUGCAACGUUUCUUUUUUUUUUUGCUCUCACGCCCAUUUUUAAAUAGAGGUGAGCAUGACAUCAUGUCUUGUUUAUUUGUGGGGGUUUUUGGGGGGGGAGGGGCGGAUGAACAGCAUUUUAUUUUUAAACACAGGAAUUAGUCCGAGAUGGAAGAGUUGUCUAAAAAAAGAAGAAGAAAAAAAGAUUGCACACGAUUGUUUCGGUGUCGGAAGUCUCUUAUUACGAUUUCAGUCACCUUCCCCAUCCUUGCCAAACUAGCAUCCUUCAACCCUUCCCGGGCCUCUUUUUCUCUCUGUUUACCAUCCCGCCCACCUUCUUUUUUAGUCCGACUGGAGCACGGCCAGUUAAGCUGUCAAUGGCCUGCCCCACUUCCUGCUUUGUGCUCGUGUUGAUGCUUUGGGCCUAAAGACGUGCUCAAUGAAAAAAAAACGCUUUAUUGGACACAAACACCAGACCACAUGCAGAGCACAUACCACGGGGGAAAAAAAA